GCGCCGGGGGAGGAGCGCGCCGGAGCAGCUGGUAGGAAAUGGAGCCCGGCGGUGAGUCAGGCGGGAGGCCGGCGGCCAGGGGUUCCCGGGUCGUCGCCCCUUGCAGGGGGGCUGCUGUCCCAGGCCGGGAGGAGGAACAAGCUGCUGCCGCUGUCGCCGCCGCCCGAGGGGCUCGCCGGGAGGGGGCUGCCAGGUCUUGAAGAAGGUGCUCUGCCGGAAUUCGAGGGCUUCUGGGGUCUCUGCCACUGGCGGAGGGCCAUGGGAGAGGGCCCCUGCUGCCAUUGCCGCUCUCCGUUUGAAAGGUCCUGUGGAACUGCCCCACUGCUGCUGCUACUGCUGCUGCCGAGUCGCCCUGUUUGCCUGCGAGGACUUUGAGGAGGCCGGGAGGCAGAACUCGAGCCGCAGCCCGUGAUGGUGGGAGCCAUUCCCAGGCAGCCACGCCGCUUCUGGGGAGUGCCAGGGUGGAAGAUCUCGCCUGCCGGCUACGCCAGCCACCGCCUGCUGCUGGAGGGGGAGCCUAGGACGCCCGGGUGGAGGAAGAGGACGAGGGACCCUUUGCAGAGGGAUGCAGCCAUGAAGCACACUUCAUAGCAGGGGCUUUCUCCAGGCUCCCAACCCCCCCGCGGCACUUUAGCCCCCUUCCCUGCCCCAUCGCACCCCAUGCGGCACAUCAAUGCAGAGUCGGCCCUCCCCCAGGAGCGCAGUGCAGGCACCAGCCGGGAGGAGGACCAGGAGGAGGAAGAAGAGGAGACGGAGGAGGGGCCCCUGCCCUGGCGCAGCCACCACGGGGUCCUGAUGGGCUGCGGCCCCCCGGAGCUCGCCUGCCAGAAGGUCUACCAGGUCUCCAUCUUCUCCCCGCUGGCCGGCUCCUCCCCCCCUCCGGAGCAGAGGGCCCCCGGAAGGCAGCCCGUCAAGCGCCCCUGCCCAGAGCCCCAGCGGGGGACGGAGGGGGCCGAGUGGGACGCCAAGAGGGGCCGCUGGGAGGAGAGGGACGACGACAUUGAGGAUGGGCUGCUGGUGGACGAGCUCUCCCUGGGGGGCGCCGGCCAGCACUUCUCCCACAGCGGCCUGCGGGUGGUGGAGCACCGCCCUGAGAGCAGCCCCCCCAGGGCACGAGGGGGCGCCCCAGCACAGGCCCCGCACACCCCUUGCGACACUUUGCACACGGCGAAGAGAGGCAGCUGCGCCCCCGCCUCACCGGACCCUGGCCCCGCCGGGGGGCAGGAGGAGAAUGGGGGCCCCAGGGACCAGGGGGCCCCUGGCCCCAACCGCCUCCUGGGCCCUGGUUUGCAUAACCUUGCACAUCAGCCCCAGCUGGGGGACACGCUCCUGGCGGCACCCGGAGGGCACCUAGAGCUUGGCACUCCGCCGGCGGCUCAAGGCUCGGAUGCCAAUGGGCUGGGCUCUGCCGAAAAGACUCCACACCCCGGGGGCUGCAGGCUCCUUGGAGGAGGGGCUGGCUGCUGCCCAGCGAAGCGGAAGUUGCUGCCCUCGGCGGAGGGGGCGGCUGAGGCAGGGGGCUCUGAGGAUGAGAGGCGCCCCCCUGCCCGGAAAAGGAAGAAGAGGGCCCCGCCCUGCCCCCCUGUGCCAGCCUCCUGCCGCAGCACCGACGCCAAGGGCGCCCCUUUCUGGAACCACCUGCUGCCUGUGGCCAAGGGCUCGGCCACCAGCGGUUCUGCCGGCUGCCAGCUGAAGGCUGGGCUGCGCCUCAAACAGAGACACCUCCGCAGCAGCCUGCCCAGGAGCCCCGCGGGCUGCAGGCCCCCCUGCGCCACCCCCUGGGCCAGCACCUCCACCAGCCGCGCCCUGCUGGGGAACUUUGAGGAGUCCAUCCUGAAGGGGCGCUUUCCGCCGGCCGGCCGGAUCGAGGGUUUCACUGCGGAGAUCGGGGCCAGCGGCUCCUACUGCCCGCAGCACGCCACCCUCCCUGUGGAAGUCACCUAUUUUGACAUAGCGGAGCACAGCGCCCCUUCGCCCUUCCUGGGAGUCAUUGAUUUGGAAUCUUUGGGGAAGAAGGGCUACAGCAUCCCCAAAACGGGCACCAUCCAAGUGACCUUAUUCAACCCCAACAAGACGGUGGUGAAGAUGUUCCUGGUGACCUAUGACUUCCAUGACAUGCCCGCCAGCCACAUCACCUUCCUGCGCCAUCGCAUCUUCCUGGUUCCCGUUGGCGAGGAGGUGGAGCAAGGCCCCAGCCCAGCCCAGAGCGAGGGGCCCAGGAGGGUCCUCUGCUACCUGAUGCACCUGAGGUUCCACAGCUCCAAGUCGGGGAAGAUUUACCUGCACGACAACAUCCGCCUGCUCUUUUCCCGCAAGUCGAUUGAGAUUGAUUCGGGGAUCCCCUACGAGCUGAAGUCCUUCACCGAACUCCCGCGCAACCCCUGCUACUCCCCCCGAGCCUGAGGGAGGACGGACGGACGGACGUGGGGAGAACCCCACCCGGAGCCAACAGGGCUUUGGCAGAUGGAGAAGGAAGAGGAAGGGUCCUGAGUGCGAAAGAUGGACUGGGCUCAUAGUUUUUUGUCUGCCUCAAGAGAGAGGCCUGCGCCCAGCCUGGAUCUCAAAUGCAGUGCUUCUCAGGCUCUAGUUCCGGUGCCCUGUGUGGUUUGGCAGGGGGUGGGGUGGGGCCUGGAUGAAGGAGGGGCAGGGUGGCAUUGAAAUGGGGUGGGGUGGGGAGAGACAAAGGCUCUGACAUUAAGAUUUGGGCCCAUCUGAGUGGAGGGCAGGGUGAGACAAAUGUGUGUGUGUGUGUGUGUUGGAAGUACGAAGCACUGAAAGGGUCAUUGGGGGGGGGAAGGGAAGGAAGACUGAAGAUGCAGCCUUGACCAUCCAGGCAGAGGCCUUCACUUUGCAUUUUUACCUGCAAAUAGCAGCUGUGGGGUGGGGGGAGAGAGCAAGCCGUCCUUUGCACCCCACAGGGCUUGUUUCGCGUUCCGGUAUUCCUUCCUCCUGGGUGCCAGGUUCCCUGCCCUUUCUCUAUGGCAUCAGCCCCCUCCCCCCUCCCCGCUCUCCCCUGCCUUUUGCCAGGUGCACAAGACUUGGCAGCCCUCGGAUCUUGCCCAGCUGGCCGAGGGCUUGGCACAGGCAGGAGACCCCGAAAGGGACCGGCUCCUGGCAUCCCUACGCCUGGUCUGCCUGUGGGGUUUUCCAAGAGGCAGGAUGCCGGAGGGGCGUCUUGGGAGAAGCUGUGUUUGGAGGGUAGGGAGACUUCUUGAACGGCUCAGGGAGUGUCGCUGGCUGCUGUGUCUCCAUGAGCCGAGACCCCCUCCUUCCCUCCCCAUUCCAUGCCCACCUCAGGUUGAAGACGUAAAUGGUGCCAAACUCGAGGACGUUGCCAUGGGUGGGUGGGGUGUAGAGGAGCCGAGUUGAGGUUGUUUGGGGACUCCUGCAUGGCGGUUUCCCUGUAUUGGGGUUUUUUGGAAGUGGGGGGGUGGUGGUAAAAAAUGCUGCCUUUGCAUUCACCUUGAGGCCCCUGCCAAUGGGGUGGGAGGGGGGUGACACAUGACACAGGGGCGAUUUGCACCAUUUCGCAAAGAAGAAAGGAAGCCUUGCUUCUGUGAAGGAUUUUGGCCUGGCUACUGCAGCCUUUGAGGAGGAGCAGCAGAAGGAGGAGGGGGCAACUUUGCUUCCCCCUCCGAACUGCCCCCUUCUCCCCGUUCCUUCCUUGUUUGAGUUGCAUCUCCUCCCAUGUCCUGCUCCCGAGAUGAAGCAGAAAGGAGGAGAGGAGAGGGGCAACCAUUGUAGACACUUGAAAAUAUUUAUAUUGAAGAAGAAAAAAAGAUAGAAAGGACUGUACCAGAUAAUUACUCUCUCUCUUUAAAAAAAAAGAAAAUUCUAUAAAUGUGUGUUUGGAAAUGGGAGUGUGUCUUCAUUUUGUGCUUGCAAUACUCUCUGGCCUCCGUUUAAUGCCAAGAGGACCCUUCUCACAAGACCCCAAAGAGCUGCCUGGAGCCUGGGCAGCAGCCUGCAUCUCGGUAAUCCCAGCAGUUGCAGCUGAAUGGAACUUGCCCAAGAUGAAUCUUGUAGGGCAGUUCUUCCCACCUGCGCCAGGAGAAAGCUUCUCUUUCACUCCUUUUCUGUUGGAGCCUUAGCGCAGCCCUGCUGGAUCUUGGCUUCCUGUUUCCUGCACUGGUCAAUCUUCAUCAUCAACCACCACCUGCUUCUUCCGAGAAGCCUCACAAGCAGCCAAGGACCCUCCCCUGCUUGGUUGUAACCGGUAUUCAGAGGUAGAGUGCCUCUGCCCAAGGAGGCCCAUCUAGCUAUCCUAGCUAUUAGCCAUAGCUAGCGCUCUCUCUCUCUGCAUUUCCCCUCUUGUACUCAUAGAAUCAUAGAGCUGGAAGAGACCACAAGGGCCAUCCAGUCCAACCCCCUGCCAAGCAGGAAACACCAUCAAAGCAUUCUUGACAUAUGCCUGUCAAGCCUCUGCUUAAAGACCUCCAAAGAAGGAGACUCCACCACACUCCUUGGCAGCAAAUUCCAGUGCCGAACGGCUCUUACUGUCAGGAAGUUCUUCCUAAUGUUUAGGUGGAAUCUUCUUUCUUGUAGUUUGAAACCACGUAGAAAGGAACGGCUCUACUUUCUUUCUUCCCUUGGCAGAAAUCCCUUCUUUGCAGGUCUGAGGGAGCAGUAGGAACCUCCUUUGACUUCAGCCUGGCUUUCUGUAGAUGGUGUAUUAUACCCCCUCACAAAUCACUUGGAGUAAAAUGGGUUAAAAACGCCCUUCUGCCACAAUUAAUGGGAAACUCUAACGGGAGACACUGAGGUUCCGUGUUGUUCAACAUUUUAAAUAAUAAUAAUAAUAAUAAUAAUAAUAAUAAUAAUAAUAAUAAUAAUAAUAAUAUUUUUAUUUAUGCCCUGUCCAUCUAGCUGGGUUGCCCCAGCCACUCUGGGCAGCUUCCAACAUGUAUAAAAGCAUGAUAAAACAUGCGCAAACAACUUCCCAAUACAGGGCAAUGUCUUUGAAUUAAGAAAAAUGAACAAUAGCAGAUUCGGUUUACAAAUGGCCUUGACAUACCAUUAAGGGAAGGUGGCCUCUCCUUCCUUGGAAGUUCCUAAGGAGAGGUUGGAUGGCUAUCUGUCAGGGAUGCCUUAGUUGCGAUUCCUGCAUUGCAGGGGGGUGGACUAGAGGAUCUUUGGGGUCCCUUCCAACUAUACUAUUCUGUAAUUUUAUUUCCAGCAAAUACUCCUCAGGACAAAAUCCUACCAAAGCAGCAUGUUUCAAAAUCAUCACCCACACUGUGUUACACAACAGGUGAUGUUCCGCUUAAGUUUUGCUCCAUAGCAGACCUCCUUUGAACGCUGGACGUGACUUUUGGGUCCAUGAAUUUCAGUAGGUCUUGUGUGCAACGAACUUCGUGGAACACCCCCCAGUACAGCAGACUGAUGCAGCAAUAGGUUCGUUUAUAAAACAAUACUUGCAUAAUG